AUGCGCCGCUCAGCCUGCCAGAGAUGCCGAGCGAAAAAGCUCAAGUGCGAUGGCCCUAAACCAUGCUCGCAUUGCCGGAAGGCCAACACGGAAUGCAUUGCUCGGACAGUGAGUAUCGGGACGACAGCACGUCCUCUCCUUCCGGCACAAGUCAGAGCAGAGGCAUCCGUCCCGCAAUCCGCCGUUCUUGAAGAAGUCAACAGCUUAGAUCUGAGCAAAACGCUACUUGCAAAGGGAUCCGAGCACUAUUCUGCAUCUGCCAUCCCUGGCGGUCACACAUGUAACGAGACUGCCCAACAAGCUCCUCCAUGGCGAGAACAGAUCCCUUUCGUACUACCAGACCAAGCGAUACUGGACAGUCUCGCACGUCAGUACUUCAUAUCUGUCAACUGGUUCAUGCAUGUACUUGAUGAGGAAUCUUUCAACGAACUGUCCAAUGAGCACAGCAGCACCGCCACUGUACCCGACUCCAGGGCCAACUUCAGUGUCCUCCUGGUUUUGGUAUGGGCACUCGGGGCACACUACCUCUGGACUGAUCCAUCAGCGCCUUACGACCAUCAAUAUCUAGCCAACUUUCGUCUGCAGGCUUUCUCAUACGUCGAAUCCAGAUGGUUGCACCUCUUAUCUCAUCCAAAUCUUGAGACUGUACAAGUCGGUAUCCUUUUUGGUAGCUUUCACCUAUUCAAUGGCCUGCCGAACCUUGGCUUCGGGAUUCUAGGAAGCACCAUCAAGACCGCACAGCUAAUUGGGCUACAUCGCGGCUUUCCAAGGACACCAGCAUAUGGACAUGAUCGAAACACAUGUACGAAAGUUUGGUGGGCAUUGGAGAUUUUCGAGAAGUAUGCAGCGAUUGCUUUUGGACGGCCUUGUGGAAUCGACGAUUCUGACUGUGAUGUUCCUGAUAUUCAGGUCUUACCUGAUGAUGCUGGCAAUCUACGAUAUCACUGGGAGAAGUGCCGCUUGUAUCGAAUCGUGGGGGCCUUCCUUGGGCGUCGCAAAGAUCCAAAGGGACCGAAGUCCCUCCACGACAUCCAUCUCCAGCUUCGUGCAUGGUUUGAUGCACUCCCAGACGAUCUGAGGGUGAAACCAGACGUCGAGGAUAGUCAUGGGCUCAAUCUUAGGCUGCAGCAAGCAGUCGCACUUCAACUAGCGUACGACAACAUUCAGAUUGUCUUACACAGACAAGCUGUCUUCACUCCACGGUCGAACCCAUCAAUAGCCACGAAUAACGAUACAUCGCUCGACCAGCUCGUUGAGUCGGCCAUGCGAACAGCCAGCGUUACUAACAACAAAGCAAUGUUGCCAAUUUGCCUAUCAUCCCACGCAUCGAUGCAUAUAGCAAUUUGUCUCUUCACUGCCGGUGUCGUGCUUGCUGGACUCUGCUUGACUGAUCGCCCCACUUACGAUGUCAAUCAGCUUCUUUCCGGCCUGGAACGGAUCAUCACCUUCUACCAGAGCUUUCCUGGUCAACACUACAAUCUUGUAUCGCAAUGCCUGGAGGUUCUCAGUACGCUUCAGCUCAAAUGCAAUCGCUCAAUACCAUCUAACCCUUCGCAAUCGGAACUCGCAUCCAAUACGACCAGAGCUGACCUUGCGGAAUCUAUCCAAAUCGACCGGAUGGGGAAAUAA